GGUAAAAUUUUUAAUUGAUUAAAAAUUUCUUCUUGAUUUUAAUACUUCACAAAACCUUAUCACCUCCCUGAAGUCUUAGCUUAAAUGCCAUUUUCUGGGGCCGGCACCGUGGCUCGCUUGGUUAAUCCUCCGCCUGUGGUGCUGGCAUCCCAUAUAGGCGCCGGGUUCUAGUCUUGGUUGUUCUUCCAGUCCAGCUCUCUGCUGUGGCCCAGGAGGGCAGUGGAGGAUGGCCCAAGUGCUUGGGCCUCUGCAUGGGAGACCAGGAAGAAGCACCUGGCUCCUGGCUUUGGAUCGGCACAGAGCUGGCCAUAGCGGCCAUUUGGGGAGUGAACCAAUGGAAGGAAGACCUUUCUCUUUUUCUCUCACUGUCUAUAACUCUACCUGUCUAAGUAAAUAAAUAAAUAAAAUGCCAUUUUCUUAGUGAGGUCAUCCUGUUUGAAAUUGCAGUCCUCCAAACACUCUUGAUCUCUCUAAUGCUUUUUCUAUAGUCUUUACCAGCUUUUUUUAAAAAAGAUUUUUCUUUCUUUCUUUGAGAAAUAGAAUUAGAGAGAGAGAGAGAGAGAGAGAGAGAAAGAAAGAAAGAGAGAGAGGAAGGUCUUCCACCUGCUGGUUCACUCCCCAAACAGUCACAAUGGCCAGAGCUGAGCUCAAUCCAAAGCCAGGAGUCAGGAACUUCCUCCGGAUCUCCUGCUCAGUUGCAGGGGCCCAAGCAAUUGGGCUGUCUUCCGCUACUUUCCCAGGCCAUAAGCAGAGAGCUGGAUUGGAAGUGAAGCAGCUGGGACAAGAACCCAAGCCCAUAUGGGAUGCUCGCUCCACAGGUGGAGGCUUAGCCUACUAUGCCAACUUCACCAGGUUACUAUGCUACCACUGCUAGUCCCUUUACCAACUUUUUAUAUAUAACUUGUAGAUCUCUUAAGUUUAUUGGCCAUCUUUUCCAUUAGAGUGCUCAAUGAUAGCAGAGGAUUUUUGACUGUUUUUGCUGCUCAUAUUCUUGGACAACACCUUGAACACAUAGGUGCUCAACAGUAUUUAUUGAAUGAGUUUAUUUACUUAAAAGAAGGAAGUGUAUAUUUUAAGUUAAGUAUCACUCCUUUUUUUCUUCAUGUGGACAAUUCUUGUCAGUUAGUUUUCUAAGGAGUCUCACUUUUUCUCAGUUUCAAUAUAUCCACAUUAUCCAGAAAAAUUAAAUAUUAGCUCAUGAUGUUAUGUAACAAAUGACCCGAAUUUUUGCCACUUGAAGUCAAUCUGAACUCCAGCUUUAGGUGGAUGGUUCUGGGUGAGACAUGUCACCAGUGUCCUCCAGAUGAUCCCUUUCCUCAUCUGGAAGUCCUUCUGGUAAGCCUCUCAAGGUUUAGGUCUGACCUGGGCAAACUCAGGUUAAUCUGAUUGUUUAUCUGUGUUUUGGGAUGCAUUUACCUUAGUCUGUCUCUAACUGAUACUGCUCCUAUUCUUGAAACUUCUUUAGUAAAGACAUUUCACAAGCUAUUUUUACUUUUUUCACCAGGUACAAUUUAUAGUUUCUUUUAAAAAUAAUGUGAAGUGGUAAAAAAUCCCCACAGGUCCUUUGUGAAAGUGUUAAUUGUAGCUUUUUACACAAUAGCAAUUUACAUAGCUGUAGUAUCUUCUAUGUUUACAUGAUAUUUAGCAUUUCAAAGUUCUUCAAUAAAAGUGAUUUUGUUUCACUACCUCCCCUCCCCCCAAAAAUAAUCCCUAUGAAACACAGAGAAUAUGGUUUGUUAUAUUUAUUUUACAGAGGAGAAUUGAGGCAUGAAAAGUUGAGACUUAGUCUAGAUUAUAAGUCUAGGUAGUAGUAGAGAGGCCAUGUACUGCGUGUGUUGUUUAUUUGCCUGUCUUUAGUCACUUUAACCUUCUCUCCAAUCAUCUUAUUUUGACCUUUCUUAAUAGAGUCUAUGAAAAUAACCACAAAUGAUUUAGAACUAAAUUUUUUUAAAAAUUAAUUUUACCUUAUCUACUCUUCUACUUCUCAGUGAAUUUUCUUUUAGCUUUUCAUGGUUCUUCUUCAUUUUCUAUAGUCGUCAUCUUUUCCUUCAGUCUGACUGAGAACAUGAGCAAUUUGUAAAACCAUUGGCUUCUGUGUCUGUUGUUUUGACUUUUAGCUAGUUGUUCAUUUCAUACCUCAGGAUGUGACUAAGUAAGUCCUGUUCAUUAUAGCAGAUAUGGAGCAGACUGGUAAGGGUUUGCUAGGAUGGGGACUGCCUUGGAAGAAAGUUAAUACAUCAGACAAAAUAUAUUAACUAAAAGACCAGUAGACAGUGGACACAAUAAAAAUCUGUUGUGGAAGGGAGAGAUAAAAUAGGAGAUUAAAGUGUUUCAUAAGAUGGACCAAUCAACCAACCAAAGAAACAAAAACCUAAAACAAAAACUAAAAACGCAGAAACAACAAUCCUCUCAAGUGGCACUUAGAGAUUUAGCACACAAAAAUCUAAAGACCAUAGAUACCAAGUGGCAUGAAAGGACAGAUUCCAGCUUCUGGAUAGUGUGUGUGUGGAGAAUUACCAAGGCCAUGGAGGAAUCAUGGCUUUAGAUGGACUAGUAUACUAACAUACAAGGAAAACAAGGGAAAAUUUUAGUUAUUGGAAUCAAGGCAAAAGGUCAAGGUCAAGCUAGUAAUGAGUAAAUAAUUUCAUUCUGGGUCCCAAAGGACCUCUUUUAUAUGAGGUCAGAAAUGGUCCUGGAGCUGUUGUUCUCAAAUUUUAAAUGUAGUUAAGAAUCACCUGUUGUGCUUAGGGUUUCUGAAGAGAGGCUUAGGUGUGUAUACUUUUUACAAGCAUUAUUCUGAUGCAAGUACUUAUAGAUCACAUUUGUAGAAAAGAGAUAUAAGGCCUAUGAUGGCAUUUUUUGUAGGAUAAGGGACCAAGUGACAGCAACUAUUGAGACAAGAAGCAUUUGGAAAAAAUCUUUUGUGCUCAGGGCUGAUUUGUAUUUAUCUGCAUGUAAGAAAGCAAUAAUCAUAGGCUGCUAUGCUCAGGACUGGUGUGCUGGAAGCCUACUGGGUGUUUCUUUCCAUGUAUCUUGUUGGCAGUGUUUAUGACCUGAGUGCUUUUGUUACAUGUAGCAAAUAUUUAUAGCUUUUAGUGUAAAAAAAUCAGGCUAAUUUUUCGUUUGUGGCUAUUCUAAACUGUCCCUCAUUUUUACUUUCCAUUUGUUACCUACAUUAUUAAAUUUCCUCUUUCCUUUCCAUUUUCAUAAAUUGAUUAGCAUGUGUUGAGAAGACUGCUGUAAUGCUAAGGGUUAACCAGAAGAGAAUUACAAAUGAACUAUCUAGAAAGUUGAUUAUUAAUCCAGCUAGAGAAGAAAUAUCCUUUUACUUAGCAAGAAUGAGUAUCUGAAGCGCUGAUAAUAUUGUUCAAGCAGUGGGGUGGAAUGGCAGAGCUUGAAGAAUGUCUUCCAAGCAAGCCACCUCUCCAUUUGCCUGUGCAGCUGAUGGAGAGGAAGCGAUGACCCAGGAUUUGACCUCAAGGGAAAAGGAAGAGGGUAGUGAUCAACAUGUGGCCUCCCAUCUGCCUCUGCACCCCAUAAUGCACAACAAACCUCACUCUGAGGAGCUACCAACAAUUGUCAAUACCAUUCAACAAGAUGCUGACUGGGACAGCGUUCUGUCAUCUCAGCAAAGGAUGGAGUCAGAGAAUAAUAAGUUAUGUUCCCUAUAUUCCCUCCGAAAUACCUCUACCUCACCACAUAAGCCUGACGAGGGGAGUCGGGACCGCGAGAUAAUGACCAGUGUUACUUUUGGAACUCCAGAGCGCCGCAAAGGGAGUCUGGCCGAUGUGGUGGACACACUGAAGCAGAAGAAGCUUGAGGAAAUGACUCGGACUGAACAAGAGGAUUCUUCCUGCAUGGAAAAACUACUUUCAAAAGAUUGGAAGGAAAAAAUGGAAAGACUAAAUACCAGUGAACUUCUUGGAGAAAUUAAAGGUACACCUGAGAGCCUGGCUGAAAAAGAGCGGCAGCUCUCUACCAUGAUCACCCAGCUGAUCAGUUUACGGGAGCAGCUCCUGGCAGCGCACGACGAACAGAAAAAACUGGCAGCCUCACAAAUUGAGAAACAACGGCAGCAAAUGGACCUUGCUCGCCAACAGCAAGAACAGAUUGCAAGACAACAGCAGCAACUUCUGCAACAGCAGCACAAAAUCAAUCUCCUGCAGCAACAGAUCCAGCAGGUUCAGGGUCACAUGCCUCCGCUCAUGAUCCCAAUUUUUCCACAUGACCAGCGGACCCUGGCAGCAGCUGCUGCUGCCCAACAGGGAUUCCUCUUUCCCCCUGGAAUAACAUACAAACCAGGUGAUAACUACCCCGUACAGUUCAUUCCAUCAACAAUGGCAGCUGCUGCUGCUUCUGGACUCAGCCCUUUACAGCUCCAGAAGGGUCAUGUCUCCCACCCACAAAUUAACCCAAGGCUAAAGGGCCUAAGUGACCGUUUUGGCAGGAAUUUGGACACCUUUGAACAUGGUGGUGGCCACUCUUACAACCACAAACAGAUUGAGCAACUCUAUGCCGCUCAGCUGGCCAGCAUGCAGGUGUCACCUGGAGCAAAGAUGCCGUCAACUCCACAGCCACCAAACACAGCAGGGCCAGUCUCACCUACUGGGAUAAAAAAUGAAAAGAGAGGGACCAGCCCUGUAACUCAAGUUAAGGAUGAAGCUGCAGCACAGCCGCUGAAUCUCUCAUCCCGACCCAAGACAGCAGAGCCCGUAAAGUCCCCAACAUCUCCCACCCAGAGCCUCUUCCCAGCCAGCAAAACCAGCCCUGUCAAUCUGCCAAACAAAAGCAGCAUCCCCAGCCCCAUUGGAGGAAACUUGGGAAGAGGAUCCUCUUUAGAUAUUCUAUCCAGUCUCAACUCCCCCGCCCUGUUUGGGGAUCAGGAUACAGUGAUGAAAGCCAUUCAGGAGGCUCGGAAGAUGCGAGAACAGAUCCAGCGGGAGCAACAGCAGCAGCAGCCGCAUGGUGUUGAUGGGAAGCUGUCUUCCAUGAAUAAUAUGGGGCUGAACAACUGCAGGAGUGAAAAGGAAAGAACACGUUUUGAAAAUUUGGGGCCCCAGUUGACAGGAAAGUCCAGUGAAGACGGAAAGCUGGGCCCCGGUGUCAUCGACCUCACUCGGCCGGAAGAUGCAGAGGGAAGUAAAGCAAUGAAUGGCUCUGCAGCUAAACUACAGCAGUAUUAUUGUUGGCCAACAGGAGGUGCCACUGUGGCUGAAGCCCGAGUCUACAGGGAUGCCCGCGGCCGUGCCAGCAGCGAGCCACACAUCAAGCGACCAAUGAAUGCAUUCAUGGUUUGGGCGAAGGAUGAGAGGAGGAAAAUCCUUCAGGCCUUCCCCGACAUGCAUAACUCCAACAUUAGCAAAAUCUUAGGAUCUCGCUGGAAAUCCAUGUCCAACCAGGAGAAGCAACCAUACUACGAAGAGCAGGCCCGGCUAAGCAAGAUCCACUUAGAGAAGUACCCAAACUACAAAUACAAACCCCGACCGAAGCGCACCUGCAUUGUGGACGGCAAGAAGCUCCGGAUUGGGGAGUACAAGCAACUGAUGAGGUCUCGGAGACAGGAGAUGAGGCAGUUUUUCACCGUGGGGCAGCAGCCUCAGAUUCCCAUCACCACAGGAACAGGUGUUGUGUAUCCUGGUGCUAUUACUAUGGCAACUACCACCCCGUCACCUCAGAUGACAUCUGACUGCUCUAGCACCUCCGCCAGCCCAGAGCCCAGCCUCCCGGUCAUCCAGAGCACUUAUGGUAUGAAGACAGACGGCGGAAGCCUAGCUGGAAACGAGAUGAUUAACGGAGAGGAUGAAAUGGAGAUGUAUGACGACUAUGAAGAUGACCCCAAAUCAGACUAUAGCAGUGAAAAUGAAGCCCCGGAGGCUGUCAGUGCCAACUGAGGAGUGUCUGUUUGCUGAAUUAAAAUACUCUGACAUUUCACCCCCCUCCCCCAACAAAAAGUUCUUAAAGAGCCCGCAUGCAUUUGUGGCUCCACAAUUACAUCAGCAGAAUGGUCUUAAUUGUUUCCUAAAGUGUGAGACAGAUUAAGUUUUCCCUGAUUUUUCAUGAACUUGAGUUUUUUGUCGUUAUUGUUAUUGUUGUUGUUGUUGUUUUUUUAAUUUAGGUGAAGACAUAUUAAAUAUGAGACACCAGGACUUGAAAACUUAUCUCAACCCAUAGCUGUCUUACAAGUCUUAUAUUUUUGUCUUACUUUUUUUUUUUCUUUUGGAUGUUGAUAAAGGUUUAAGUUACUGUUUUAGAUGGGGUUAAACAUUCUCACUCAGGUAUGCUGUGCCGGCCUACAGGUUGUGAAUGUGUUUUUAUUCUGAGUUAUUUUAGCAAACAACUGAGGAUUUCAUAUUGUGAAACAGGACAAGUCCACAGCGUGUGCAGCUGCAUGUAGAGUAUAUUCAAAAGGCCUCGGAAUUCCAUUUUUCCAUGUGUAGAGUUCAACUUUGAAUGUGCCAAACUUUUUCCUAACUUUUGAAUCUUAAUAUUUUGAAAGUCUUAAAUGAGACACUGCAAAGUCUUAGACAAUCUUUGGCAUCUGAAAGUAAAAUAGCAAACCACACAUUUUUUUUUCCAGAAAAUGGUGAAGUACUCAGGAAUCUGGAGACACGAUAUUGUAAGGGAUGAACAAGGUUGCCACAGUGCAUGCACCCAAUUGUGUUUGCCUCUUGACGUGCCAUGAGGGCGUGACGUGGUCUGACAGACACACACCAGAGUGAUCGCCACACCAGAUACCGGCACAAUGGUCUCCUCUGCCUGAGACCGCCGCUCACUACAUCCAUUAUCCCUUUGCCUUUAACCCUGACAUUCAGUCUUAACACAUUUUCUCUCUUAAAUAAUUUAUUCAUUCCAGAAUGUCAAGGGUCCACUUACUAUUUAUUAAAAAAAAUUGUUGGUGGCAUUAAUUUAAUAAUUCUUGUUUUUCACCCUCCUUCCCCAAAGAACUUUUCAGCCCUUUUCGCCUCCUUCUCUUGCUAGAUACGAAAGAUGUACAUAGUGAUUUUAUGUCCCCAGAGUAUCUGGAAGCAUUUCUGAAACAAGAUACUAUUAGAUGCCCACAUUAUUGUUCUGAAAAACGAGUGUCUAUCUGGCUGCAGGGCUGUGCAUGUGGAUGUCCCUGGGGUUCCCUGUGACUGAAUCCUUUGCCGGAAUUUUCCCCUAACUCAGUUCAAGAUCAAGUGGUAGCAUCUGCAUCCGCAGCAUUUCCCCUGCAUUUUGCUCAGCAGCAAGGGUCAACCGUGGUGACCGCCAGGCAGGCCUCCUGCAGCCAAAUUGAAGCCCAAGGCUUGUGGGCCACGUAGACGUCUACAGUGAAGCUGUCAUGGGCUGGCACCUUUCCAUUGAGUUGCCUUGGGCUGGCACAUCCAGGAAGUCCUUAGGAAAAUCCCCAGCAUGCAAGAAGACGCAUGACCACCUCAAAGCAAAAAUAGAGGCAGUUAGUCAGGAUACAACCAGGGAAUGAAAGAAAAUCAUAGGGCAGGAGAAGCAGGAGAAAUACAUUCCCUAUACGGGAUGUUCCUAUUGUUAACUCCGGGGAACAGACAGCUCGCGGGACAGCAGGCACUCCUCUGGCUGGCUCCCUGUAUCUGUGGCUGCAUAUGGGGUGUGCUCACGUGUGAACAACAUGAACCACACUUGUCACUCAAGGAUUCCUCUGGAGAUGUGCCACUGGGCUGGGACGCAGGGAGGUUUCGUUCCCUCUUUAACUUCAGGGAGCUCUGCUAUGCCAUUUUGACCUUCCUGAAACCUGGGCUGGUUGCCGUGGGGGCCCUCGCCCGCAGCGCUUCAGUGGAGGAGUGUCAGAGAGUGGGACAGUGCACCCAUGGGACAACCCAGACUCUCAUCACCAGGACAUAGGAAUGGCCCCAUCAGAUUUCUUGAGCCAUUUUGUCACUUGGAAGAAAAUAGUAUACUUCAUAUUUAUUUAAAGAGUGCUCAAGGCCAUACCUAAUAGCAAUAAAUAGGUCUAGCCAAGAUAGUACCAGCUAUGUCAUUAGCUGGGAGAGCUCUCUAUAAGCUGUUCAAGGUACUGAUAGGAAUGUUUUGUUCUUAAUGUUGACUGGGGAUUGGAACUUUGGUUUUGUACAUUUAUUUCAAAUGAGGAGGAGGUCAUUUUUCUAAAAAAAUUCGUAUUUAUUAUUGUCUUACUGAUUUCUUUGAUUAUAUACCUCUCCUCCUCAAAUUCAUUCUCAUGUUUUUUCUCCUCUUUGGCUUGUGCUCUCUCUCCUUUUUUUUUUUUUUUUUAUUUUGUAGCAUAGGUAGAGUGCUGUAUGGCUAACAUUGUAUUGUAUGUAAUUAAUUUUGCACAAAGGCGAACAUUUAGCAUAGUAGGUUAAUUUUGUUUGUUUUUAUGACCAUGCCAAAAUAAUAUUCUGGGCUGGUGGAGAACAAAGGACUGUUCUUUAGGAAUGAAACUUGAUUUUGCUUGUAGUAAGAAAAAAAAAAAAACAAACAAAAAACACACACACUCACAGAUGUUUCGUAAGUGUUAUAAGCACUGGAUAUAAAUGGUAUUUUUUAUCACUUCUGACUAAUGUGAAACUGUUGUACGAAAACUACAUGAACAAAAGUCAUCUGUUUCGACUCGUGUGGGCUUGCCUCACAGUUGCCGGAUUUGAGUCAUUUUUAUGUCUUGUUAUUUCAUUUAUUUAUGCAAAAUACAUGUGUGUAUGAACACUUUGUUUUAGCUCCAGCUCUGCCUCGGUACUGGGGUGCAGUUACUUCUAGCCAUGUUGUUAAACAUGAACGGUGAUUCAGGAAUGAUCUGACCGUAAAAGUCUCUUCCAUUGGAUUACACAGUGAUGCUGUAUUUGGAUCUAAAUUUUGUGCAUAAGCAGUUUAUUCUAUUUAUUAGCCAAGUUUGGCUCUAAAUAUCCAUGGAAAUCAAGAAUGACAAUCAUAGGGAUCACUUCAUUUUGUUUUCGGUGGGGCUUAAACAAAGUUUUUAUGACUUUACCAUCUCAUUUUAGAUUUUUCUAAUGGUGUAAAUAUAACAUAGAAAUAGAAUUUAUUUUUGGCUCAUGAAUACUUAGUGAGUUGUAAGUUAUGUAUUUCCUUUUUGUUCUCUGUCCAUAUAUGUUGGUCCAAACUACAGCUGAUGGGUCGGUGUACUUCACAGCAAUAGCGAAUUAUCAGCCACAGCGAGAGAGCUGUUCAGCCUGUAGCUGGGACAACAGACCGCUUCCCUGGGGUUCUCCUGCAGUUUAGAACCCACUGUCCACAGAUUCAGACUUUUCCCUUUUUAUACGUACACAGUUGAUGAAUUGAACACCAGAAAUUCCCAGCACAGCUAGGAGAGAGUCGAUGUGCUUUGUGAAUCCACAUAAAUCUUCUACAAUAAUUCUGUGACCCUUUAAUAGCAAUAAGCAUGAAUGUCGUCGUCAAGGCAAAAAUCUGCCUCUUGAGAUGGGCCAUGAAUACAAGUCCCACCCCGCCAGGUAGAUUAAAAAAAAAACAACAACUACGCAACCUUUUUCCAGUGCUCCCUAUAUCGUGGUACUUUUAAAUCCAAUGUCCAGACUGUGUCCACUUUGUUACAGAACUCACAGGAUCAGGGUUUUUCUUGUCACUUAGUUUAGGGACACUGGCAGACAAUCGUGUCCUAAAAGGGUGGGCCAUAUGGGAUAGAAAGGCAAGAAAGAAGGAGGGGAGGAGGGAAGGAAGGAAGGGCGAGAGAGAAAAGUCCUCCAUGCAGCCGCAGGCAGUGGGCCGGCACUGUGAGUGUCCCCUUGGCAAGUGUGCAGCAACUUUGUUCUUUGCACACGCACCCACUUGGCCUUCCAGGAGCACACAUCAGUCUGCUUCGUUUGGGAUCUGAUACUCUGCAGUCUGGUCCUCAGGCCGGAUUUGAUUUGCCAACGUCCCGACUCGCCGGCCAAGUUCUAAAUUCAGGUGUGGGCUCAGCGUGCUAUUGAGCUGGCCCAAUGCUGGCCUCCCCUGAACAUCAGCCCCCCGGGAGCCUGGGGUGUUUGAACAAGGAGUGAUCAGACAAGUGCAAGGCUGCUUGCUUUCGCUCCUGAAGCCAGGCUGCUGCUUCCGUGCACGCCCGCCCCGGGGCCAGGAGCACAGGCACAGCCUGCAUGCAGGGACUGCAGGAAGCCCAUCUCCCCUCAGGAGAAAGGCAGCCUGGGCACCUGCCUCAGCCAGCUCACUUUGCAAAGAGUCCACCUCUACCAACUCAUUAGGGAACGGAAAAAGAAUCACUUAGCAGAUUUAAAACCGGAUGAGGAGUCCUGCACCAAGUGCCAACAACUGCAUAGACAUGCAGUGAGAGGAAUGUAUUGAGAUUAUUCCUGGGUCUUCCUUUUAGUGAGAAAAUGGCAAACAUGGUUGCUGGAGGCUUGCCUGAUUUUGUACACGCUGGUCUGAGGAUCGAGUUGGCACUUCGGCUCACCUCUCAAAGUGUAAUAGUAAUAAUAAUAAUAAUGUAUGACCUCAUUUGUCCUUUGACAAAAGCACUUGCAUCAUUUCCUUAGGUCAUCUGCCCUCUGACAUGUGUGCUUCCUUAAUAAACAGCUUGUGUCUGUUAUUCCUGCCGACAAUGUUGUGUUUCUGAUGCCAUAUCCAAUUGAGCGUGCCCCUGGGCGAGUAUCAUUGAAAAUGUUGAUAUGCAAACUCAUUUGCUAUUCAUCCCCAUCCUGUCUUGUCUUUGGGGUGGGGGACAGAUUGCUUUCCAAAAGCUCACGAACAAGUACUUGGAAUGCCUGGUCCCCUCGGGGCAGAGGUGGGGGGGGUGGGGUAGGGACAGGAAGGUAAGGCUUUAGCGCUGAUGCUCUUCCCAUCGUGUCCGUGGCAGUCUGAAAGGUUGAAGGCAACUCAGUGACAUUGCUUGCUCAAGUAGUUUCUCAUUCCUGAAGAACCACAAGCAGAAAGCGAGGCCUCCGUGCUGGUGGUCUUGGAGUAUGGGGAAUGUGCAAAUAUGUAACUGUUCUGUAUGCUGCACAUUGCAGGUCUGCUCGUGUGCAUUCUCCGUGUGUCUUCCUUUGUCAUAUGUGUUUUUGCUUUCUUGGAAGUGCAGUCUUUAUUGUACCCUUUUCCACUGGUAGCAAAUUAGAAUGCUUAGCAUUUAUGUUCAUUCAUUAUUGUAUUUGCCAUGUAAAAUUUUUAUUACCUUAGACAAGCUUAUAAGCUGUUACUACAUAACUUAUCUUACUGUAACUCUUUUAUUUCCCGACAUUGUAAUUUGUUUGUGAUGUAUAUUGUGAGAUUGUAUUCUAUGUUAAUUUAAUCAGCACAAUUCACUGACAUGCUGGACAGACAUGCUGGCUGCUGUUUCAAAGUGUAAAGUUUGAGUAGGGCUGUCGGGACAACUGCGACUGUUGCCCAGGUACUGUGCUUUGGUUCCUAUAGCAACUCUGUGGGUGUGAGCCUUGAGAAGCUAAGGGCAUUUAAUACACCCUCGAGCAAAUUUUAAUUGCAGAUUUUCUUUGUAGAAAUUCUAUGUAUAACGCAGGUACCUACUUGGCCCAUGGCUGGUAACUAUUUGGGCAAUUUAGAAAAAAAAAACCAUAAAAACUAGUGUCUAUUGCUGCUUUGAAUAUGUUUGAAAGUCUGAAAAUGUAAAUAGUUUAUCAAAAAAAAAUCUUGUACAGUCCAGUGUAAAGUUUUUAAAUGACCUUAAGGGUUGCCAUCAUAUCUUUCUCACUCUCCUCUUGAUAAUGAAAAAAAAAAAGUUUGCUAAGGAUUCAAGAAAUGGAAAAAAAAAAGCAAAUUUAAAGGAAUGAAUCGUUGUUCUUAGCUUUGUGACAUACACAAAUUCUUGGAUUUCGUUGUGCAGUAUUGACGUGAGAUAAAACCCAACAUUGGAUCAUCUCUCAGUGGUACUUUUCAGUCUCCCCUCCUCUGCCUCAUAAUUAAAGGAAAAGACAAAAAUUGAAAGACACACUGUCUUGACCUGGUGGAUGUUGGCACCUUAGCUACUUUUUUUUUUUUCCUUUUUGCACAAGGUGCUUUCCUGAAAUGUUGAGCCUGCCAUCCUUGGGUGAUAAUGUGUAUGCCAUGAUGGGGCGUGGGCCCCACGGGGGAGUGUCUAUAAGAACUGCCUAUUUAUGCUCAUUUACCUCAAGACUGUCCUCUCUACCCUAAUCUAGUUGUCAUCACUCCAUCUUUUGUACUGCUGUUGACACUUACAAAUUAAAGAUAAAUUUUGUUUUAUGA